UGAGAAACUAUAAUAUAGAUAUAGAUAUAGAUAGAUAGAUAGAUAGAUAAGAGCGAAUGUGUAACAUGGGUUCAGUGUAAUCAAUCAAUCUGAAGAUGAAUCUUACAUACGAUCGCGAUAUAUGCCCGGCCGAAUGGGUGGAAAUGGUGAAAGAUGCACAGAUUCGGGACGGGAAGCGUAAGUAUCAACCACCGCCAGAGUCGCCGGAAACUGAAGUUCCAAAGAGGUCAAUUCGCGAUAUUCUCUUAAAUCCAAGUCAUCCAUGGGGCUAUGAUAAACUUGGCAAGACUAACCUAUUCCAUCUUUUCACUGCCGCCGGUACACAAUGCCUGUACACAAGGAAAGGCGAUGCGGUUAGGGUUGACCAACUCCGGGACAAAUUUGUUAUUCUCUAUCUCUUGAGAGAUGAUGUCCGGAAUGUGGCUACUUGUCCAGAAUAUAUACCCGACUUGAUUGAAACUUACCAAAUUUACGGCAAAUCUGAGCUUGAGAUUGUCUUUAUUUGGCUUGGUGAUGACAAGGAGGCUUUUUCUAAUCAGUUCUAUAUGCCGUGGCUUGCUGUCUUACCAGAGGAUGAGAGAACCGUCAAUGUCCUUACGGAGGAGUUUGACUUUAUAGGCCCUGUGUGCUUCCUUCUUUUUGACCGCAAUGGCUUCUUGUGUCUUUAUGAUGCCAGAGCGAACAUCAAUGCUUAUGGUGUCUUAGGCUUUCCUUUUACCCAUGAAAAGAUUGAGGAAGUAGAUAAGGAAGCUGCCAAACUCCUUUCUGAAAUCAUCAAUGGCAAACCAGUUACAUUGCCUGAUAUUUUGGGCGCCCAUGUAAUUUCCCCCACAGGAGACAAGGUACCUACCUCCGACUUAAUAAAUAAGACCGUGGGUCUUUACAUGUUGAAUGAAUAUCCAUCUCGUAUUAUCCUUGAGGAGUUGAAACGUAUCUGUGAGGAUAAGAAAGAGGAUUUUGUCUUAAUUCCCAUCAUCACAUCGUACCAUUCCUCAUGGUCAUGGAUCAGAGCCGGAUGCAGCCAUCUCGAACGUAGCAUCCCUUGGUACACUCUGCCCGCUAUUAAGUGUCGCUACUUGAAUACAGUUUUCCAUAAUAAACUUAAGGAGCCGUAUUUUUCGUCUGGAGCAUGUGAUCUAGUUAUUCUUAAAGGCGAUAAGCAUAUUCCUGUCAGCUAUUUUGCCUUGCACAUCUUUGCGUGCUUUGGAGUUGAUGCCUACCCGUUUACCAUAGAAAACGCCGUGCAAGUGGCAAAGAAGGAACAACAAGGCAACAUAGUACUGAAGGAAAUAUUAUCGUCCAAGUCUAUUUUACGUAGACAAGAUUCGGCCGGCAGUGAGGAAGUGAUCACUGUUUCAGAGCUCGAUGGUAGACAUGUCUUAUUAUUGUUUGGGACUCAUGGUUGUGAGUGGGAAUCAUUUUUGUCUACCAUAAAGAAUUGGUAUGUUGACAAGCCACAUGAUGUUGACUUCGAGAUUAUCUACAUUCAUUUGGAUAUCAGUUUAGAAUCUACUUCCUUCUCAAGCACUAUUGAGAAAAUGCCUUGGGUGGUCCACUCGUCUAAACCAGAGGUUGCAGUUUCCUUGUUCGAGUGUGUGUUUCCCAUAUCUGCACACCUCCCUGCCAUUGCAGCCUUUGGGGUAAAUGGGCAUCUAGAAACAAAAGGAUCAGACUUAGCUUCUAAUGAUAAGUUGGUCUCUCAGUAUCCAUUUAUACAGGCUGAUAUGUAUGAUGAGGUUUAUCAAGAACUAAAAGACGAGCACGGAUGGGACUUGAAAAAUCUCUUUCCCACUCCUGCAGAGAUAGAGAUCAGCUCUUUAAUGUACAGACGGAUUUAUGGAUAAAUCAGUCAGAUGGCGCAAGAAAGAUCAGUUUUGCUAGUCUGACUAAAAGUUUCUUGUUUUUGUAGUCGUAGUCGCUCUCUUUGGCUACAAUUCAAACCCCAUCAGUUAGCUGCUGGAGCUGCAUAUCUUGCUGCAAAGUCUAUGAACAUGGAUCUCACUUCAUCGCAGCAUCUCUGGCAAGUGUUCCAGACACCACCCUCUGUACUUAAAGAUGUCCUCCAGCAAUUAAUGGAGCUCUUUUAGAAGAUAGCAUGGAAGACAAGUACAGUGGGUCAGUGACGUGUGAGUUGUAUCAGUAAUUUUUAGGAUGGCAUGUCGUUCAUAUACAUGAUGUGGGGUCAUCAGUGUUUAGGUGUAUAUAUAUAUAGUAAAGCAGCUAUGAAGGAGAGUUUUUGUUUAGAGAUAAUAUUACUGAUUGAAGGAAAUUUCAAUCUACUGAUGAUGCUCAUAUUGCUGUGAGUAAAGAUUAUAAAUUUACUGUGUUUCUGUAAUCUUUUGGCUACCUUAUGACAUGAAUCUUGUUUAAUUCGUUUUGUUUGAGAAGUGUUUAGCACU